CCGCGGGUCGCGGUGGCUAGAUCAGCCCACUGUCUCGCCCCGUCUCCUUGCUCGUCGUUUCCACCAACAGGCUGGGCCAGUCUCCGCACCGACAACGCAAGAGCACCCUCAACGCAGACUCACAGGCAGUUCUAGAUAUGGAUGUAGACACCACUCACACGUGUGGUUCGUCCGAGGACUGUCGGUGGCAUGUCGUUGCGGCACUCCUUGGAGAUGGGGAUUGGACGAGUAUUCUCGUGAAGGUCCAAUGUUUCGAAGCUCGAGUGCGUCAGGAUCCAGGACUACGUGCAGCCAUUGUCCGACUUUUACCGCAGUCAUCGCGAGCACCUUUCCACCCUGACGGAAGCUUGCCCCACAGAGUGCAAGAACCUAUGCAGAGGUGCCAGUCACCAAACCGCUCAGAACAGCCCAGUCAUGCGGGCAUCGGGCGUGGACAGGCCGCAGCACCGCCUCCGGCUCGGCUGCCCCAGCCGACGUCCCAUAAUAUCGACCAGCCACCUGUAGCGCGAAGACCUGUGCAGAGGUGCCAGUCGCCGAAACCUACUGGACAGCCCAGGCAUCAGGGCCUAGGAGCCGACCAGAUUGCAGCAUCAGGUCUGGUGUCACCUGUGACACGGCGGUCCCAAGUGACGUCUUCCGAACUGCCAAUACCACCUUCGGAAGUCCGAACAAUGGAUACUGACCAACAAACGAGGGCGCGAUCGUCUCGACAGGGAGAGAUUGCCAUGACCUCGGCAGAAUCUGCAACCUGCGGGACUGGAGCCUCCCGACAAGGCAAUGACGGAGGAGCACCUCCAGCCAGAAAGCCUAGCGGGACCGCUCACAUCAAACUGGGAGAACGACUCGAGAAGUUACUCAGGGUUUGGAGCGAGAAGCCUGAGAAAUUCUUCAAGUUGGGAAUAAUCCCUGAUGAGAAUGACACCGAUGUGAAUGAAGCCAGCGAGAACGAAACCGACGAGAACGAGAGUGCCUGUUCAACAUAUCUUUUCAUAACAGACAAGCUCAAUAGUCGACUCAGGAACGUCGCCAAGCUUAUCUGGCACCUUCAUCGAAGAGCGUUGAAGCGCGAUGGACGCAAAAUUCAAGAGCAGCUUCUCGCCGAGGCACUUCAUUUCCGGCCAGAAGACGUCAAGCAGCAGUGCGCGUCUCUAUGGGGAGAGGGCGAAAGUUUUCUUGGGAUAGUGGAAAACCUGGACACCAAUUACGCAGUGCUUCUCUGCUUGCCCGAAAAAAAGAAGUCCCCAGACUUUUACAAGAAUCUGAGGGCCAAGAACCCGACGGCUCUAGAACGUCUCGUUCGGGAUAUGAAAUCAAGUGGAAUAGAGUCUGAGGUCGGACGGCAUAAGAAGACGAUGGAGAAAAUCGUGAAACAUGGUUUAUCCCUACUCGUGAACCAGAAUGUGGAUCUCGGGUUACAGACAGGUAUGUGCAUAGCCGAGAGUACUCCAGCCGAUUCUAGAGAGAAACAUCGGAAGCGGACUCGGCUGCUUUCGUCUUCUGUCGCCGAUAGCGGAUCGAGCGCGAUGGACCAUGACAUCAUGGCGGCAUCGUCUGCUGUUAGUGUCAUUGGACACCCUACCAGACAAUCCUACAAGCGGGCACGCACAGAACCUCCUUCCAGUUCUGAGGCGGCCACACCUGCCACGCCGCCAGCGACACCCAGCACUUUCGAAGCAGCCAAUGAAGCCUCAGCUGGCGUUUCAGCGAUCACAGACGGCCAUCAGGUCACGGAGUUAGGCGGCCCCACGGCGCCACGGCCAGGAGCAGGAGUCGUCAAUCAGCAACAAGAAACGUCUCCUCCUGCACAGGUCACCGCGUCCUCAGCCCACAGUUCCGUCCAGGGUUCUUGGCAAGACGUUUACCUGAACCCUUCCAGUCCAGCGGUCCAUGAAGAGCAGCACAGUCGGCCCGCGACCCCAACGACUAGUAUGGUCAGAAGUGAAACGGCUUCUGGGUCACCAGGACGCCCAUCACUCUCAGGCGUUUUCCAGCUUACCUUCAAUCACGACUUAGACACUCUACAUGCAUUUCAUCCGCCCCCGCAGUCUCCAACAUCGUCCUUUCCUGUCGACCUAGAUGCGGAGGGAGAGCCUGAAGAAAGCAUGGAAGAUUGGCACGGAACCGAGCCAGGGUGGGCGGGAUACUUCAUCAACUUGUCAAACGUGCCGAGCCUUGUGGGCCUCGAAACCGCGGCCAGAUCUAUUUCUGCUGGCCAGCUGGGCUGCGUGCCGUUCGCUCAGCCCCAACCAGGUGCGGAAAUCGAAUGGCCCCCAUCUCUCAGAUCAGCCUACGACGACUGCUUGGGUCAAGCGCUCCACAACAUCAAGGAAAUCAAGCGGGAGUACUUCGCGCGAAACAAGGAUGCCAUCCACAUCCCAAAAGUCUAUGCCAAAGCCGGCCUGUACUAUCUGGAGCGGGGGUCGCCCGGACAGUGUCCAUCAGACGCUCUCUGCAGCGUGGUAUUUCCCGUUAACAUGUUCGCCACAGAUACGGACAAAACUGUUCGGUUCGUUCAUGUGGAGAAUGAUGGGUUGGAGAAGAGGGAGACAUUGGUUGCUUCGAGGCCGUGGCCGGAUAUCUUGAUGUUUAUGCCGAAAGAUGUGCAACUACAGGUGCACAAGUGUUCAAUGCUCGUCAUUAUUGCAGGCAUGUACAAGAAACAGGACUAGUACGUAGAAUGUGUCCGUCUCCACUCGUUUUGCUCUGUACCACAGCCCGCCCCAAGAUCUGGACCAAUCUCUUCCAUCUGCGUGACCUACGUACUCGCCGUGAGCCUGCUGCAAUUGCUAAGUGUAGUUUUAUAGUUCCCACGAGUCUUGUAUUACACACAUGCUGGGUG